AUGACGACCACGUACCUCGCUCCCCACGAGACUGACCGCUUCGACUAUGUCGUCGUCGGCGGAGGCACGGCCGGAUGUGUGAUCGCAUCCCGUCUGGCCGAGUACCUCCCUCACAAGAGGAUCCUCAUGAUCGAGGCCGGGCCCAGUGACUUCAUGGACGACAGGGUCCUGGACCUGCGUCAAUGGCUGGCCCUCCUCGGCGGCGAGUUUGACUAUGACUACCCUACCACCGAGCAGCCCAUGGGUAACUCUCACAUCCGGCACUCGCGGGCCAAGGUCCUCGGCGGCUGCUCGUCCCACAACACGCUCAUCUCGUUCCGGCCGUUCGAGUACGACCUGAAGAUCUGGGAGUCGCUGGGGGCCAAGGGCUGGGAGUUCAAGGACUUCAUGCGCAUCAUGGACAAGCUGCGCAACUCUGUGCAGCCCGUCCACGCGCGCCACCGCAACCAGCUCUGCAAGGACUGGGUGCUGGCCUGCAGCGACGCCAUGAACAUCCCCGGCGUCGGCUUCUUCAACAUCUCGUACAACCCGGACGACCACCGCCGCUCGUCCGCCUCGGUCGCCUACAUCCACCCCAUCCUGCGCGGCGAGGAGCAGCGGCCCAACCUGACCAUCCUGACCAACGCCUGGGUCGAGCGCAUCAACGUCCACAACGACACCGUCAAGGGCAUCAACGUCGUCCUGCGCGACGGCUCCAAGCGCAGCAUCAGCGCCCGCACCGAGACCAUCCUGGCCGCCGGCGCCGUCGACACCCCGCGCCUCAUGCUGCUCUCCGGCCUGGGCCCCAAGGACCAGCUCCAGAGCCUCGGCAUCCCCGUCUUCAAGGACAUCCCCGGGGUGGGAGAGAACCUCCAGGACCACCCGGAGUCCAUCAUCAUGUGGGAGCUCAACAAGCCCGUGCCCCAGGGCCAGACCACCAUGGACUCGGACGCCGGCAUCUUCCUGCGCCGCGAGAAGCCCAACGCCGCCGCAUACAAGCAGCCUGCCAACCCCAACGCGCUGCCUGAUGGUGAUAUCGCAGAUGUCAUGAUGCACUGGCAAGUACACGACUACCAAAUCCCCUUCACAUUCAACACAGAGCGCCUCGGCUACGAAAAGGUAGCCGACGGCUACGCCUUCUGCAUGACCCCCAACAUCCCCCGCCCGAGGUCCCGCGGCCGCCUGUUCCUGACCUCGUCCGACCCCUCGGUCAAGCCCGCCCUCGACUUCCGCUACUUCACCGACCCGGAGGGCUACGACGCCGCCACCCUGGUCUACGGCAUCAAGGCGGCCCGCAAGAUCGCCGAGACGGAGCCCUUCAGGGGCUGGAUCAAGCGCGAGGUCGCGCCGGGCCCGAAGGUCCAGUCCGACGAGGACAUCAGCCACUACGCCCGCAAGGUCGCGCACACCGUCUACCACCCCUCGGGCACCACGCGCAUGGGCGACGUCGCGGGCGACGAGCUCGCUGUUGUCGAUGCCAAGCUCAGGGUCCGCGGGCUCAAGAAGCUCAGGAUCGCGGACGCGGGUGUCUUCCCUACCAUCCCUACCAUCAACCCCAUGCUUACGGUCCUUGGUGUUGCCGAGAGGGCGGCGGAGAUGAUUGCCGAGGAGGCUGGGUGGCAGCACAGUGCCCGUCUGUAA